AUGGCUCGUCGUUCUCUGCAUGGUUACAUAUUCAAGCCAACCGACAAGGAGUUGAUGCAAUAUUUGGAGGGUUUCGUCCUUGGAAAACCUCUCAAAUACACCUCUGAUUUCAUCGCACUGGAAGAUCUUUACGGAGAGAAAGAACCCGCUGAGAUUUUCGGCUCCGGCGACCCUAUGACUCGCUAUUACUUCACCCAGUUGAGGAGAAAAUGCCAAGGUGGCUCAAGAUUCUUGCGUGGCGUCGAAAACCGCGGGACGUGGAAGGGCCAGGACGCAGCACAUCCUAUUAGAGUCCGCGACAAAGUUAUGGGAUUCAGGAAAAGUUUGAAGUACGAGAUGAAAAAAUCAAAAAGCAAGGGCGGGCUGGGCGACCGCCCAGGGGAGGCUUGGCUCAUGAAAGAAUAUUCCCUGUCGGAUGAUUAUCUCCGAGAUAAAAACGUUGUACUCAAGGAUGUUGUACUCUGCCGGAUAAGGCGGAGAGUCGUUAGAAGCACAUCAAGAAGCAGUGAAUCGUCUACUCUGAAUAUUAAUGAAAAUGAUACGCCGUUGGAGAUUUACAAUUGGCCGGAAAAUGAUGUUGUAUCUCUGCCACCCUCGGAAACUCAAACUUUGGACGCCGCCGCCGCAGAGGCAGCCAGUGGAGUUGAUGAUGCAAAUGGAGGAGUGAUCGCUAUGGAAAAUGAUAGAUUACAGCUGGAUGAAUGGGAUCAACUGUUGAGGACGCCGGAAAAUGAAUCUCUGCCACCUUCUGAAACUUCAACUUUGGCUGCCGCAGAGUUUUCCAGUGGAGUUGAUGAUGCGCAUGGAGGAGUGAGCACUAUGGGCAAUGAUCCAUUAGUUGAUGAAUUGGAUGAAUUAUUGAAGAAAACACCACCACAUGAUAUUUUUGAGGAUUGGUCCGACAUCCUGACCCAAGAAGAUAUUGAAAGGAUAAAUCACCCUGGGCCAGUACCUAUUUUAAGGCCUAACUAA